AUGUGUGGACCGUUCUGGUUUCCGCAAUUUCACUGGAGAAUGGAUGCAAAGGCUUUGGCGAAAUCGAAGAGAGCUCAUUCUCAGCAUCAUACUAAGAAGCAUAUUCCACAUCAAGCUUCCAAAGCUCCUUCAACUAGGACUAUCGGAGCAGCCUCGCCGUCCGCCAAGCAAGUUCGGGUCAAGUCCGACCGGUCUCAGUGUUCUAGCUUACUCCACUCCAAUUGGGAUCGGUAUGAGGAAGAGUUUAAUGAUUCAGGUUCUGAUAAUCUAUCCCAAGAUAGCCUGAGUAAAGUAAAGCAACUGAUGUUGUUUUUCCAAAGAGUAAAGGGGCAGAUUAUACUUACCUAAUUUCUGAGGCCAAGGCUCAGUCCCAAACACAGUUUUUUGACAGCUUUGCGGCCUUCGAUGAUUCUCUUAGUGAUUUCUAUCAGGGAGUGGGUUCUUUGCUUUCU